AUGGCAUCGCUCCGCGCAUUCACUAACCAAGAAAUGCUGCUAGCUGCUGCCAUGCCAGUCACUGCUGGCUUUUCUGGUUUUCUCCGCAGCAACGACGAGAGUCGGGAGUUUGCAAACCGCAACCACCGCCGUCUGCAGCGUGAGCAAACGCAGGCAUUCCGCUCGCGGCACGAGGUGUCCCAGCGCCCCAACCCCGCCGUGCCCGCACCGUGGGGCUCCGGGCGGACCGCAGAAUCCCACCGCUUUGUCCCGUCCGGAGGCGGGGCCGCCCCGUGGGAUGCCCGAGCACGUGGGCUCUCACGCUGCCCGGUGCCCACGCAGGAGCUCGCUCACCCCGUUACCCGCACCCCACCACGCCCGGUGGGCCCCUCUGCUCCCCCAGGGCUCAGGCAGCGCCGCGAGGUGCCGGGGAAGAGCGCCGUGUUCAGCGGGGAGCACUUUGUGCUGGAGGAGACCGACUGGUACCUGCUGAACCUCUUCCGGCUCUGGUGGCACUACGGGAUCAGCUUCCUGCGCCUGCAGAUGUGGGUGGAGGAGGUGAUGGAGAAGUUCAUGAGGAUCUACAAGUACCAGGCGCACGGCUACGCCUUCUCCAGCCUGGAGGAGCUGCUGCGCUCUCUGGGGGGUGAGGCCUUCGUCAACAUGACGCAGCGCUCGGUGGCCGAGGCUCUGCUGGAGGUGGGCGUCACGCAGCGCUUCGUGGAUGACGUCAUUGCAGCCGUGCUGCGCUCCAGCUACGGCCAGUCGGUGCUGGUGCCUGCCUUCGCGGGAGCCAUGUCGCUGGCGGGGGCCCAGGGCAGCACGUGGGCGGUGGAAGGAGGCAACAAGUUGGUGUGCUCGGGCCUGCUGAAGCUGACCAAAGCCAACAUCAUCCACGGCAGGGUGACGGGCGUCUCUCUGCACAGCUCGGAGGGGAGAGCCCUGUACCAGGUGCACUACACGAGCAGCGAAGGCCAGGGCUCGGCAUUCUACGACAUGGUGGUGGUGACCACUGCCCUACACCCCAGCAGGAGCAACUUCAGCUUCCAGAACUUUGAGCCGCCCAUUGACAACUUCCCUGGCACCUUCCAGCCCUCCGUCACUUCUGUGGUGCAUGGCUACCUCAACUCUUCCUACUUUGGCUUCCCUGACCCCAAGCUCUUCCCCUUCGCCAGCAUCCUCACCACCGACACUCCCGCCCUCUUCUUCAAUGCCAUGGACAACAUCUGUCCUGUCAACGUCUCAGCAGCGUUCCGUCGCAAGCAGCCCCAGGAGGCGGCGGUGUGGCGGGUCCUCUCCGAGCAGCCGCUGGACAAGCAGCAGCUGAAGACCCUCUUCAGGUCCUACUACUCGGUGCAGGUGACGGAGUGGCAGUCACACCCCCGCUACGACUCGGCCAAGUCGCUGCCACCCAUCGUGCUCCAUGAAAACCUCUUCUACCUCAGCGGCGUGGAGUGGGUGGCCAGCUCCAUGGAGAUGAUUGCUGUGGCGGCCAAAAAUGUGGCCCUCCUGGCUUACAACCGCUGGUACCAGGACCUGGAGAAGAUAGACCAGAAGGACUUGAUGCACAAGGUGAAGACUGAGCUGUGACGCAUUGGGUGGUGGUGGGCCCGGAGCUGCUGUCUGCAGUGGGCAGGGGUGUAUUUAUUGCCUUGGGAACACCAUGGAGCUUGGGGCAGGGGGCCAGGGACAGGCUGUGUCCAGAUGACUUGAACAUGUUUUUCCUUCAGGAAUAUAGACACUGUUGCUUGUCUGUG